AUGGGCCUCGUCGACUAUUCCGACUCCGAGGGCUCUGACAGCGACGCCCCGCCCGCCCCGAAGCCCGCCGCAACCUCGUCCGCCACCGCGAAGCCCGCCGCCUUCCAAAAAGUCGUCGACCGCUCCAACCCGGGCAAGAUCCGCGUAAACCUCCCGUCUGCUGCUGCCUCAGGCUCCGCAGGUGCACAACCUUCCUCCGACGAGCCUCCCGCUAAAAGAGCGCGCACCGGCGGCGGCGGCGGCGGCGCUUUCAGUGGCUUCAACUCAUUCCUGCCCGCUCCCAAGAAGUCAGGCGGAGCUGCUGCAAAGAACCAAGGCCUGCGCAAAGGUGUUUCCUUGAAGACGAGCGCUGCUCCUGGCUUUAGUCGAGAGCCAGUCGACGAGGCGGGUCAAGAUGAGGACAGCAAGCAUGGUGGCGCGGAUGCGGAUGAGGAUGCGUAUGGACCCGAGGCUCCUGCCGACGAGCCCAAGCCCAAGCCCGCCGAGGAAGUCAAAUUGGUUGGGAAGCCCAUGAUGUUCAAACCGCUUUCUGUUUCAAACAAUGCCAAGAAAAAGAAAAAGGCGGCGUCGACGUUGCCGACCGUGCCCAAAGCCUCAAAGCCCCAGCCGACAGAGCAAGCUCCGCAGGCAGAGAAAGCUGCUGUUCCGGCAGCCCCUGCUCCAAAGCCAAAGCCCAAAGUCUCCCUUUUCUCCAUAUCGCAGGAGGAGUCUAGCCCGGUACCUAGCGCAUCAGGAGGAGAAUAUCAGCCCAUGCUCUACACCUCGCAGCAGACCAAUGACACGGGAUAUAUGGAAACCACGACGCAGGGGCAGUCGUCUGGCCAAAAUGUGGCCCAAUCAGCUGGGCCGCAAUCCUUGGACACCAUCGCCUCCGAUCUCAAUCUCACUGAAGCCCAACGACGUCAGCUGUUCGGUCGACAGCGUGGAAAGGGCGGAUCGGACCUUUCGGCCAUAAAUAUCGUCAACUUCAACACCGACCAGGAAUAUGCUCACAAUGAGCAGUUGAGAGCCGCUGGCGAGACGAUCCAGCACAACCCGGUCAGGUCUAUUGCACCAGGCAAGCACUCUCUGAAGCAGUUGAUAAACAAUGCUGCCACUCAGAAAGACGCCUUGGAGGAGCAUUUUGCCACGGGGAAGAGAAACAAGAAGGAGGCAGGCAGCAAGUAUGGUUGGUAA